AUGUCGUCGUCCUGGAAGCCUCCUCUCGAUGUCGUCACAAUGAUCGACAGAAUCGAUGAACACAUCGACAUGCCCGCUGAUGCCCGUUUCGGAUAUGCGGUCGGCGUCGUUGGUACCGCCAUAAUGUAUCAAAAUUAUACCUUCACUAGCUUCAAGGAAACCAUCUGCCACUAUGUGGCUACUUUGAAGGGCGCCUUCGCCAAGGCCGACACCAACGAGCUCGCCGAGAAGCUCCGCUACAGAGAGCUCCUUUGCAAAGACAUUCUCUACGCUGUGCUCCACUUGGAGCAGAAGUCCAUGGGUAUCAACGAGAACGAGGGUCUUGUCAGUGAUAUCGACGAUGCGGUCGACAUGGAUAGCGAAAUUGUCGUCGACAACGAUUUGGCUGUCGAUGAGCAAAUUUUGGACCACGAGUUUGUCUUCGUCAAUGCGAGCGAUGCAGACACUUCGCAGACAGACAGUGGCGAGUGGGAUCUGGUUUCGGAGGUGUCCGACUACCUCAUGUAG